GAUAUGUGUUUAGAGAGGAAGUGCUGUUGCUGUCUUUAGCUAGUGUUGAAUCAACAGUCUCAGUAGAGCUACAGCACGACAGAAGAGUUGUAAAGUAACAGCAAUGCAGGACUUUAAGGGAUAUUGUGUUUCCUUCUCUGGAGUGCUGCUGUUUGGUGUUCUUCAGGGUGUGUGUGUUGUUUUAGCUGAUACAAACACAGUGGUGUACAGAGCUACUGGAAGCUCACUGGAUCUAACGGUGAAAUAUCCUAAAGACUCAGUGUCAAGUGUAGAGUGGCUCUUCAAUGAGAAGACUGUGAUUUCUACAUACUCUGAAAGUGACGGUUACUCACACCAGGAAUCCCAGUUCACUGGACGGUUAAAAGAAGAUAGUGAUAAAGUUGGAGUAACUGUACAAGAUCUUCAACCCCAGGAUGCUGGGACGUUCACAGUGGAAGUAGAUGGAACUGAAGAACCACUUCCAACUGACAUAUUUACAGUUUAUAUACAAAACCCCAUAAUAUCUGUGCAGAUUGAGAAGAAUCAGACAAGGAAAAUGUCCACAAACAGCUGUGAUGUCGAUGUGAAAUGUGCAGCGCUCGGAUCUGAGAAUGUUUCCUACCUGUGGAGCGGCUAUAAGACUGCUAGUGGAGCUCAACUGCACUUCACUCUCUCACCUGCAGGAGGAGCUGUUACACUGAACUGUACUGCACAUAACAGAGUCAGCUCCAGUUCUGCUUCAGAGACACUGAGCUGUAAUGAAACCAUAACAGAAAUUCCCCUGUCAGUGCUUAAACUGAUCAGUAGUCUAGUGGCAGCCUGUCCAUAUCUGGUAGUGACCAUCAUUCUCUGUGUAAUAUGUUUCAGAGCUCAAGGUCAUCAUGACAGCCAGCAUGUUGUAACUGAGGAAUGAGCUCUGAUUUUGUUUUGUGUUGUUUUGUUUUGUUUCAUGUGUUUGUGUGAAAUUUCAUGUUUCUCUUCAGUUCAGUGUAAAGUUUAAGUUUUUAUUAAUUAUAAUAAUAUUUUCAUUUACACUCAGACUUCAGGGACACAGCAUGCUUUUAUUGUUAUUCUUAUCUUUGCACUUCUUUGACUUACUGCUGGAUAUUCUAGUCCAGAUUAAGGGUCACAACAGUGCAUACCCUUAUAUAUAUAUUGUGGGUUCAAAUCCCAUAGCUGUUUGAACAGCUUUUUUCAUUAUUUAAAUACUGUAUUUUGUAUUUACUCUGGUUAUAUUUGUGUAAUAUAAAAAUUUUCUUCAUGAUCUCAAUCAUUUGUAUGACAAAUGUGCAAAAAAAAUACUUUUCCAACUCUAUAACGAAAUGAAAUUGAAUAUCUAAUUUCCUCCAGACGGUGGCGCUGUACUGUUAUUAAAACACAGACUGUGUCUCUGAGACUGAUGUACAAAAUUCCUUUAUUCUUUUGUGGAUUUUUAAAAAAAUUUAAUGUCUAUAAGAACAGUACAUGUAUUAGUAAAGCUUAGAUUUAUCUUCAGAGAUUUAUCAGAAAUAAUAUUUUAUUAAACUUAACUACUGUAUUUUUCAUUAUAUUUCUAGCCACCUAGCAUUUGUCCUCUAUAUCAUUUCUUUAUCUGUAGGAGAAGAACAUCAUGCAAGAAAAAAGACAGAUUUCUGUCUGCUUUUUUUUUUCUUUUCUUCUGAGAUUCUGAUUUUGGCACAAUUUGUUCUUACUGCUUUAGUGUAGAUUUGCCACCUUGCAGGUCACAUCCGGUUUAAGUGUGAAUUGAGGCCAUAUUUCAUACAGAGGCUUUUUUUUUUUUUUAAAUUAACAUACAAAGGCAAGAUUGAAAAACAGUCCAUGAUUUCUGUGUUUAUUUUAAGACUAGCAAGAUGUUAAUUGUAAGACAAACUGUCUGAUGUUUAUUAGUGAAUGUGUUAGUUACAAACUGAUAUUUACAAGUUAUCACAAACACUUUUACAUUUAUAGCUCAUCAGGUUUUGACCCAGAAGACCAUCUAUACUCUCACUGUUUUCAGUUCCUUCUUGUAUUUCUACAUGUCCACCCUCUUUCACCGGUUUUGCCUUGAACUGCAAAAAGUGGAAGUUAAAGGCCAGCCGUUUCAGAGCAGAUAACAUAUAAACAGAGUUUAGCUUGUAUCCUAGUUCCUGCAUAAAUGGUGACAAAACACACCUCGUGUUUAGUGUUUAAGCUGGAAACUGCUUGAUGCGUGUGGUAAUAUUAUUUUUUGGAGCUGACUCAUCAGUGUCAAAUUACUCUCAUGGAAAUGGGAAAUGAAAGCCAAUACAUAAACAAAAUUAUAAUCUUAUCUCUGUUGGUAAGUCAAAAUACUGCAGAAUGUGACUCAGGAUGAACGCACAUUUUAUAUACUGUAUAUAUAAUUGUAUGCAAAAUACAAUAC